UUGCAGAUCUUCACUCCUCAUACCUCCAGUGUUCUUUGUUGCCAAGCGUUUCAUCUCCUUUGAUCAUUAUGGGUUUCUUCUUGAUUGCCGUUACCAGUCUUAUUGCUGUAGCAAGCGCCGCUCCAACUUAUGGCGGAGGAAGUGCUAACAAUGGCAAUAACAUGAAUAUGCCAGCGAAUAUGGGAAUGAACAACGGAGCUAUGAAUGCAAUGCCCGCUAAUAUGAAUAUGGCAGCUAACAUGGCUAACAACAUGAUGAUGCCAGCAAAUAUGGGCAACAACAUGAAUGCCAAUGUAGCCAAUAUGAUGAACGCCGUUAACAUGGGCAACAACAUGAACACGAUGCCAGCUAACAUGAAUAAUGCUGUAAACAUGAUGAUGGCAGCUAAUAUGGGCAACAACAACAAUGGAGCCAAUAUGGCAAAUAUGAUGAACGCCAUGAACAUGAUGCCAGCUAAUAUGGGCAACAACAACAAUGGAGCCAAUAUGGCAAAUAUGAUGAAUGCCAUGAACAUGAUGCCAGCUAAUAUGGGUAACAACAAAGGAGCAAUGAACGCUAUGAUGCCAGCUAAUAUGGGCAACAACAACAAUGGAGCCACAAAUGCCAACAUGGCAAAUAUGAUGAACGCCGUAAACAUGAUGAUGAUGAAUGGAGGAAAUAAUGGAGCUAUGGGAAAUGCAAUGAUGCCAAACAACAUGGGACCCAAUAACAACGCUGGUAUGAAUAUGAAAUCCUCCUAUGUGCUGUAAACACCUGCAGAUAUUUUGUACCGUUGAACAAAAGACCCCGAGGAGCUCUGUUAUACGCCUUAUUUCCAUUUUUUAUGAAUAAUAAAAUACAUUGCUAAAACACA